AUGCCCCUUAGCUCACUGCCCGAUCUUCCUGAAGAUAAAACUUGGAAUUUUGCCUACGUUGGUCGGGAUACUUCGAGCGGCGAGCUUCAGAUCGAUCUACAGAAACGAAGUUUUAUCGGCAUUAAGGACAUUUGGCAUCCUUCGCUUGUUGAUUGUCUCAAGUUGAGAAGAGUAAGACAACUCACCGCUACAACUUAUGAGGCAGCUUACUGGAGCGCCGGAACGGCAAGCAGUUUGGAACCGAGGACCGUCAUUGCAAAAGUCGCACGGUUCGAAUGGGAAAUACCUCGAUUAUCGAUGGAAACUUCCAUAUACAAGAUCCUUCAAAAUACUGGUCUUGCUCCAGAGUUCGUCGGCCAUGUCCACGAACAUGGCCGUAUUAUAGGCUUCUUACUCACGAAGCUGGAAGGGCGUGAGGCAAGCAUUGAGGAUCUCCCAUUGUGUCAGUCUGUGCUGAAACGCCUGCACGACGUUGGCAUCCUUCAUGGCGAUGCCAACAAAUACAAUUUCAUCGUUCAUGGUGAUACGGUACAUUUGAUUGAUUUCGAGUCCAGCAAACUGUGUGAUGUAGCGAGUGCAUCCAUGCAUGCCGAGCUGGAAAGUCUACGUGAACAAUUGAGAGAAGGAACAAGACGCGGAGCAGGUUUCAUUCCGUUGCAUCGGCUGAAUUAG